AUUUUAUGCAAGUGAACAACUGAAAACGUUAAUUUUUCCAAUUUCAUAAAAAAUUAAAUAAAAAAAUACUAAAAUUUAACUGAAAUAUGUCUCAGGAGGAAGAAUUUUCAAAAUGGCUGAGACGCAAAGAAAAAUCAUUCGAGGAAAACCUUAAAUUUGCCAUAAAAUCAUGGCAGUCCGUGGAAUUUACCCUGACGUCGAAAUACGAAAUGGUAUUGCAAUGGCUAGCUGAACAAGAACAUUUAACUAAUGAGCAAAUACUAGAGGAUGAUUUUAAAGAGUUGCUUAAGCUACGCGCUCAACCAGGUUUGAUAACGCAACAAGUUAAAGCAGAUUUUGUGGAAUGGUUAUUGGAACAGGCCCAACAGAAAGCCGACAAUACAAAAAAAUGGUGUAAUUUACUGCAGUUUUUAGUGGAAUUUGAGUUGUUACAAGAUUUAUACAGAAUGAAUUAUGAACUACAAUGUCGUGUGUAUGGAAUGAUCUUCAGCAGUUAUGAAAAAUAUUUAUUGACUGUGGAACAAAGUGAUCAACAAUUUCUAAAUACAUUUGAGUCGGAAUUUUUUGCCUCUGUGCUCAAGGCUCUCAAAGAGACCAUAAAACGCUGUGGCGAUAGUGAGUUAUAUGAAAAAGCAUACACCGAAUUAACCUUGCAGCCCUUGGCACAAGUUUUGUUGGUGUUGCGUUCAUUUAAAGUAGAUUUUUUUGAAGAGCUUUUAGAAAUCGAAAGCCUGUUGUGUGUCGAAAUGGAGGAUACAGACAUAAUAAACCGUAUUUUGAAAUUAGCCUUGCCAGUAAGACUAUUAAGUCUCGAAUGCGCUAUAGUUAAGCGUAGAGGCGUGGAAAGUUUUCUUAAUUUAUUGCUAAAUGAUGUCUUUAAGAAUUUCUUCGAAAAUUGUGACAGUGAUAUGGAUCCAUCUUUAUCAUUAACCGUGGCCGCUUAUGUUAUGGAGAUGUUGGGACGUCAUGAUGUGGGUUUAAAUGUUAAAGUUAACGAACAUCAGACAGCUGUUAAAUUUUUGGGUGUACAAAUUUUUGAGGCUGUAAAAAUGAGAAAAGGUUCACACUUAAAGGAGGUGCUGAUGUUACUGUGUGCUGCCUUGCGUUUGAAUCCGUUAAUAUUGGAACAAAAUGUUUUCGAAAUUACAGCUUGGAUGAUUUUGGCCCCCAAAUCGGGUGAGAAAGAGGAACAGGAGUUAUUCGAAGAGUACUUGGUGUUGUUAAUGGACAUGUUUAGACGUUUGAGCAGAGCCGAAAAGUUUGUUACAAAUCUCCUAAAGGCCUUGAAUGAGCAUUUAAAAUCUACCAACCUAAGCACAAGCAAAAAACGUAAAGCUAAAUCGGAUUUGGAGACACCACAGAAGAAGAAAAAAAAGUUGUCAGAAAACCAUACGUCAGAGCAAAUGGCUCAAGACUUUUCAAAAUAUUUAAAGAUAUUAUUUCAAGAUUUUUUCAAACCCACCUUAACCAAAACAUUAAAUGAUAGCAAUCUAACUGCUACAGCUUCAUUUUCAAAAUUACAAAACUUUUGGCCCAGCAAUCCUGUGGGUUUGUCGUUCUCUAAAAUCAUUACGGGUCUAGUCUCGAAACCAUCUUUAACCAUAUGGAAAUCUUUAUUGUUUGCCUUAAAAGAACUUAUCGAAUCUUUGAAAAGCACCAACGAAAUAAAUGAAAAUUCUUUAUUUCAAAUAGAUUUUCAGGCGGCUCUAUUGUCACAGUACUUUGCUGGCUGUAAACUGGCCGAACAAUCUGAGAAAUUUUUGUUGGAACUGCAACAGCAAAGAGCGUUUACUUUAGAGAUAUUGAAAUUAUUUGGACAAUUUUUAUUGGAAAAAGAGCAUCAGCCACGUACUAUGAGCGCAUUUUUAGAGUUGGCUUACUUUGCCUCAAACUUUGAUUUGCUUCUAUCCUACUAUCGUCCUGAUGGCUGUAACCAUGAGACUCUCCAUCCUGUGCAGGCGGUCGAAAAUCUCCAUAGCUUUCUUACGCCCGAAGAAUGGAUCUUAAUACAGCAACGUGUUUUGAAUUUUGGCAAAUCCUCCUGUAAACAUUUGUUACAUCGUCUUAAAAUGCAAAAAUCCCAGGCAGCUCUUUUACUGUUGCCAUCAAACAAAGAAAGUUUGUGUUUAAAAUCCACCGAUACGGAAAUCUUAAAUUCCCUUUUAAUUACCCCUCAGGCCAAAUGGUAUUUACAUCAACUUCAAAGAUCGGAAAAAGUAACCAUUGCUCAAUAUUUUAUUGGCAAACCUGAACUUUUACACCUAACCUUUGAUGAUUUGGAACUUUUAGAAUUUGUUUCUUUGGCUGCUUAUGAAAACAUUUGCAAAUCCUUAAACUCUAAGCACUCGCUGCUGAAAUCGUUGUCAUGUGACUUUGACAAGGUACGUCAAUGUGUUGAGAUAACAGCCAGUGAAUUAUUAAUUAAGGAAUUGAUUGAUAUCGUUAUCAGUCGUUCGAAAGAAGAAUAUAAAGUUAAAAAACUGUCGGUGGAGGAUAUCAAAAUAAGUUUGGACAUAUUGUCUCGCUUGCCGUUGGGACAAUUGAGACGCCAGCGUAAAACUAUAAUAUUUGCUUUGCAUUUGUGUUUAUAUCGUGAUUUGAAGGCGGCACAAGAGGAUGAAUUAGCUCUGCAGACUUUAGAGAUUAUGAAGGAUCUUUUGCAUUUUGGUCAACAAGUGUUAAUCUUUAAAUACUUGCCAACAUCGUUAUUGCUCAAACUAUUACCCGCUGAAAAUUGCUGGGAACUCUAUGAGUUCCUCUUUUCCACCGUUAAAAAUGAAGAAAAAGGAACAGAACAAUUUUUACAAGGUUUAACUGAUCUACUCAGUAAAUCGCAGUCAUCUUCGGGUAUAAAUGAAGAACAACGUAAACUACUGUUGGCGGCUAUAGAAACGCUAGCUUCACUUAGCGGACCAAGUGCAAAACACAUGCGCAAACACUUGGAUGCCUUGUUGAAAAUCUUUUCUGACUAUCUACAAAAUCAUUUUACGGAGACCAGCGAUGGCACCUCUAAAAAAGACAAGAAAUUUGUGCAGAAAACUUUGGCCGGUUUUGGGCCCUAUGCUUCGGCUAUUUUAACAAAAGCAGCCAAGCCAAAGGAACCCACCAAAGCCACGGAGGAAUCUAAGGAAACCGAAGAGUUUAAGCUUGAGGUGGAUGAAGAUUUCAGACGUAUUAGCAAAAUUUAUAUAGGACAUUCGAUGGAUUACCGCAAUCCUCAUGCUAUACGUUUAAUGCAAGUGGCUUUAAAUCAUCGUGAAUUGUUGCAUUUAGAUCAAGAUGAAAUAGAGUUUGUUUUAACCCACUACUGGUCCCAAAUUAAUGAGGAUCUAAAAGAAAAAGCCUCAACAGAGCAACAAAAACUUUGCACUAAAACCAUAGAAUUAGCGGUAAAAAUGAUAAUUGGCAAUAAAACCAAUGAGGAUUUAUUGCUGGUACUUAAAACUAUAGCCAACAAUGUAGAGGAAACUAAUUUCUCCAACAUCUUAAGACUAUUGACUUUAAUAGCCAAAUGUCCAUUUAGUACUAUAAAAGGAGCAAUUUUCAAUGAACAAUAUAAACAAAUUACGUUUGAUAUCACCUUACGCUUGGCCAGAGAUGAGCAACAGCAUUUUAAUGAUUAUGAUUUAAUAGUAAAUCUUUUAAAUUGUCAUCAAGCUAUUCUUGAUAAUAAAAUGAUUCCUAUUUCAACCGAUACCAUGGAUAGUAUUUUAUCAUUUCUGAUGGAUAUUAACAUUAAAAAGUUCCGCCUAAGCGAUACAAAUCUCAAAGUUUUUCACACUCUUCACCUGGCCAUAACCGAAGUUUGCUCGUCUCUUAUAAAAUAUCGUCAUAUUUUACUGAUGGAUCGUGUUCCCCAGUACAUGCACAUCUUUAAAGAUCUUUUACAGGCAAUUGUGUGGUAUAAGAGUGAGCGCCAAAAGGACACAGCUUUGCCCUCAAACGAAAUAGAUGAUUUGUCGGAAUUGGCUAUGAAACUGGAAGCUUUAAUGCAUUUAAUUGGUCAACAUAGAGUGGGUGUUAAAAGGGUGGCACCAUUUGUUUUGACAUUCAUUAUUAAUUUGAUGGUGGCUAAUAAAAGACCUACUACUUUAUACAAUAAGAUCAAAACUCAUAUUGAGAAUAUUUGCUAUGAAUUGGUGGGUAUUUGUGAUCACCGUGUGGGUAGAUUUAUUUUACGUUGUUCCAAUGAAGCUGGUCGUCAAUUGUAUGAACUCUUAGUUAAGGAUUAUCAAAAAUAUCAUAAAUUCAAGGGCAAAGUGUAAACUUACAUUGUGUUUAAUAAUGAUCGUGAGAAUGAGAUUUUAUGUGUCUUUUAUUUUAAUUAUGUAUAAUAAUAAAUUUUUUGUUGCACAAAA